GGUUUAAAAGGUAGAUGAUGUCGGACAGGGAUUUUCUUCUUCUCCUCCUGAGCGGACAUCUCGAAUAAGGACGUUUUCCUUCUUGAAUGAUACUGAAUGCACAAUUUCAACCCUACAUGAGCUGGGGCUCUUCGUGGUUUGAGGAGCAACAUGCGCUGAGCCGCGUUGCCUUCCAAGCAUGCAUGGAAGAUCAGCCCUACUGGGAGAAGUUUGGAGGUGAAAUGAGAAUAUGGAGUAUCUUGGAGCUGAUUUCCCAGUACUGAGCCACAGCCCGCCAGCCACCUCCUGGUCCAAUGUAGCACGUUUCCAACAAAUCUGCCCGGCCAGCCGCGCAGCCGCAGCUUGUGUUACAGACUCACUAUAAAAUAUUCAUCCAUGGAAAAUCUCUUUGAUUUCACUCGGUCAUUUGUCUCCAGUGUAGCGCGCAGGUUAAUGCCAGCCUAAACAUGUGAUUCAAACUGAAGCAUCCGCGCAAGAGAAGUCCGGCCGGGGAUCACAAAUCUCAUUCAUCCACAGAGUUGGGGAAAAAAAAAAAAAAACGGAGCAUGUCUACUUCCUCUCCUACAGGAGGGCCGGGUAAAGGUGGCGGCGGCGGCGGCGGAGAAGACCCCGCCAAGUGCGCCGAGCUGGGGAAGACUCGAGCCCAGGUCCUGUCCGGAUCGGGCUUCUGCAAGUGGUUUAAUGUCCGCAUGGGCUUUGGGUUCAUAUCAAUGACGAACAGCGAAGGGGGCCCCGUCGAUCCGCCUCUGGAUGUUUUCGUCCACCAAAGCAAACUGGUGAUGGAGGGUUUCCGCAGCUUAAAGGAGGGCGAGCAGGUGGAGUUCACCUAUAAGAAGUCCUCUAAGGGCCUGGAGUCCCUGCGGGUGACCGGACCUGGUGGAGGACCGUGUGCAGGCAGUGAGAGGAGACCGAAAGGGAAGGUCCCACUCCAGAAACGUAAACCAAAGGGAGAUCGCUGUUAUAACUGUGGAGGUCUGGAUCACCACGCCAAGGAGUGUGGCCUGCCCCCCCAGCCAAAGAAAUGCCACUACUGCCAGAGCAUCACUCACAUGGUAGCUCAGUGUCCCCACAAGGCGCUGGCGCCCGCCGCAGGCUCUCAGGAUCAACAAGCGUCUACCUCGGCCUCCGCUCCAGGCGCCGGGCCUCACCUCUGCCUCCCCGAGGAGGAAGAGCGCUCCGGCUCGUCUCCCCUGGAGGGCUCCUCCUCGUCUCCCGAGGAGCCCCACACACAGCGCAGCACAUGGACCCCACGGUGGAGGAAAUCCUGAAAGUGUUCCACAGAGGUGAACUGUUUCCAACGCAUAGCCUCUGACCUUCGCGUCUAUCCUCAAUCAAGGUUACCUGAGGCCGCGCCCCCACCCCCCUCCUCCCCCUUCCUUCCUCCUCGUCUACCUCACACUCGUGAAAAAAAAAAAAAAUGGGAGGUCUUUCUUUCUUUUCAUUGUUAUUUUUCUAACCAGCACAGCUGUGGCAGCGAUCAGCGGGGUACGGACGUGCAUGAAUGUGUGUGACUGACUUGCAGUCAUCUGGUGCAGCUAUGGAAACGACUGCUGGAAAGGUGACUGCAGGGAGUGAUUCUUUAUGCUAAACUUUUUCAGCUCAAUGGUGAAAUGUGAUUUGCGUGUAGGUUUUCGACGACUGUGUUAUUCCUGUUUCCCCCUUUGGACCUGACGGUUGGCUAUUUUAAAAAGCCGCCACCCCCACCACCACCUCCCCACUUUUGUUGCAGACUUAAAGCCACAAUUUUUUUUUUUUACUGUAAGCUGAAUCAUUUGAGGCAAAAAGAAAAAAAAAAAAUCCUGAUUGCAUCUUCACAGCACACGUGGUAGCUCAUUUUAAAACGGAUUAGAGGCCAACUCUUAAGAGCUUGGGUUCCCUCUAAGUAAUAAUCCAGACCCACCGGACUUUUAGCCUGGCUUCUACAGAUCUUUUGGGGAAACUUAAUGCAUUCCUGAGGGGUUGUUUAAAAAGCCGCCGAGCUGCUAGAGUGCGUUCUUUCUAAUUUCAAAACCCUCGAUACAUAUCUCUUUCUUGACACAGACUGGACCAACUGAUUGUUGAAGUGUGAUUAAGCGCAAGUCUAAGAACAAAGAGGAGAUAGCGUGUGUGUGUGUGUGUGGUGUGGAUACUCGGAAACGAAAUCACCAUUGUCAAACGGGAGCCCUGUCUCAUUAACUCCACUGUUUUCCUAUUAUCACAGAUAGACACCUGUUAUAUAAGACAAAUAUAUAAUCAGUCUCGAUCAUAGUUUAGAUUUUAAGUAAAGGCCUUAUCAUUAGACUUCCAUUUUGGUUGUUGCGUACUUAGUUGAAAGUAGUUUUUAAUAUAUAUGUAAAGUUGCAAGAUAUAAUUAAAAAUAUAUUAACGUUAAGUAAGCAUAUAUAAGGACUUAGCUCUGAAAUAGGUGCACAGCCCUGUUUUUAAGUGCAUGGGAUACAUCCUGGUUGGUGUGUGAAAAUUCUCCCUCUAUUAAACCGUUUUCAAUGUAGACAGUUACAGCUUUCUAAAAAAAAAUGUACUUCCCUCUUUCUUGAUCGGAUCAGUGCAUACGGUCCCUUGCAAAAGUAUUCACGCCCCUUGAGGUUUUUCCGUGUAUUAUUAUGUAACAACCGCAUCGAUUGCGGAUUUUAUGUGACAAACCGACACAAAGUAGCGGAUAUUUCAAUUCACGCAGCAAAGAAGUGGUUUUUAAAAAGUUUGGUGGGUAUUUGUAUCCAGCUCUCCGUGAGUCGAUACAGUUUUUUUUGUUGCAUUGCAGAUGAAAGUCUUUAAGGGUGCGUCUGGGCUGCAAAUCUAAUCGCAGUCUCCAUUGCAAUACCAGGGUUUGGAAGGUCUCAAUCACAAAGGAGCCCUUGAAUGCAAUUUUUGGUUGAAUAACAUAUUUUAGGUACCGUGCGUGUUGCUAAAGCUCACAGAAAAUGGUUGGGAAAUUUGUAAUGGAAAGUCUCAGGAAAAUGUAGGUUAAUCGUAAUUAAUACUGCCACUGCAAAAUUCAGCAGUGGUAUGGUAUGGGCAUGUUUUCCUGAUAUUGUGCACCCCCUGUGGUGUGUCCCCACCAGCUUUGCACAUGAAGAGACUGCAGUUUCUUUUUCCCCAAUCUUCUGUGCAGAAUUGCUCUGGCUUAGUCAGAGUGGAUUGACGGCACCUGUGAGCAUCAAUUUUCAAGCCUUGCCACAGAUUCUCAACUGGAGUUGAGCCUGACUUUUGACUAUAGGUCACUCUAGCACAUGAAACAUGCAUUGAUCUGAGCCAGUUCCAUCGGCGCUCUGACUUCAUGCUGAGUGUCUUGCUGGAAGGCGAUCCCGGAGGAUCCAGUGUUUUUGCUCCAGAUAUGAUCCAGUCUUCCAGGACUGCCCGGUAUUUAGAAUCCCUCCCUUAGAAUUGAAUGGAAUAUCAUUUCAAUGGGAGUUUUGAGCCUCAGGUUACUUGUCAAGGCGAUGGUUUGCCAUAAAUUUUUCAAGGGGUGUCAGAGUAAGGGGAGCUGAAUACUAAUACACAGUACAGUUUUUCAAUUCUUAUUUGGAAGAAAAAAUAAAUAAAGUAAAUGAUCUCGCUUUGUCACAGAAUAUCCUAAUAAAAUUCAUUGAAGUCGUGGUUGUAACUUAAAAAAAAAAGUCAAAGUUGAAUGAGCAUACUACUUUUGCAAGGCACUGCAUGGUCACAGCACAAAACUCACUUUGAAUGUGCAGUUUUCUAACAUAACCUCAUUAUCAUAGCUGCUUUACUUACAUAAUACCUCACAACUUCUUCCUUCGGGAAGCGAAUGUCGAUACUGUCUGCUCUCUUAGUGUUUGUUUUUUAGAUGUUCCUCCACUAAAAUCGAACCAUAUUUUCCUCAUCCGUCAGUGCCUAGUGUUUGUCAGUCGGCAGCAGCCGGGGACGAUGGGAUGACAUCUCUGCUGCUCCAGACUCAGAAACGAUAGAGGGAGAAACAGCUGGAUGGAUUGCGUUGCUUUUUGGUAUAACUUGAAUCCCAAGCAUGUGGCUUUAGUGGCACUUACUGACCCUGACAACUCUUUCUCUGACCAUACUGAAUGUGAAAAGAGCUCAUCUGAAGUCGACUCCUCACAAUGUUCACGUACGGUCGCUUUGGAGUUGUAUCUUAAUGUUCUGACAAAUCAAAUAACUUUGUACAAUUACAUCAAACUGGCAUGUUUGCUUUUUAAAAGCUCUAUAAAGACAACCAACCUUUUUUUUUUGGUAUAGUUUUAUACCAGAGAGGUUUGGCUUUUUUAAUGUUUUUUUUUUUUUUUUUUUCUUGAAGGCAUUUAACAUUAAGACUUGCUGAAGUGCUUGCUAUUCCAGCUCUUUCAGGAUUAGCGCAUCUUAUUGCUGAAAGUGCAACAAAGUGUUUUCUAAAUAAUAUACAGCUUUGAAUGUGUGCGUGCGUUGAAAAUCAGACAACAAAUGCGGCUUGACAGAAGAAAAAAAAAAGGUAGCUCAUGCUUAAAUCUCUAUGGAAACAUCUUUUUGUAUGACGUAUUUUUUACAUUUUUACACACAGGUCCUCUCAGGAUGAUUAACUCGUCUCAGGGAAUUAACCAAAAAAAAAAAAAAUGGACAAAAAAAAGAACAAAAAAAAAAACCCAAGCGUAUAUUAUUCUUUUGGGAAUCAUCCACUAACGGACUCCACAAACUCUUAAGCAAUGGUGAAGAGACAAAUAACCAGUUCACGUACUGAUGUUAGCAACUACCUCUUGAGUUAUAAAUAGCUGUUUUCUUUUUGUUUUUGUUUUUUAACGAGCCGUGUUAUUAAUUUGAAGUCUGUAUAAAACCGAGGUGUUCGCGCUAGAGUCGUAUGUGUUGCCACAGAUUUCCCGGUCUUCCUUUCCAGAUUUAAUGAUUUCUUUUUUCUUACUGAAAAACGAUUCCUUUUUUUGUUUACAGCAAAAACCUACCUCAUUAGCGCUAUUCGUCUACAAGCUCCUUACCUCCUCCAUGCGGUUGUUUAUUACUUUGUGUCACAAUGCGGUUUUAACAAAUCACCCCGAUAUGGCUUCUCAAUUGAUUCUCCAUCAUUUAUUACAGUUUGUGUCUUUUUUUCUUUUUUUUUUACUUUGUAGUUAUUGGUAAAGAUUUCAGAAGAUCUCAGAUCUGCGAGUUAUGAGUAAAUCACCCAUUACUUUGCACAAAGCCAGUGAGUUUACCUCAGUUUAUCAGGCUACAUAUACACAAAUUAAAUAUUUUAUGGUUGUGAGACUCAUUCUGAAAAUACUACAACUGUUUUUUAUUUUUUUUUAUUUUGGGACUUUUUGUAUUUGAUCUUAACUGUUUUUGUAACCACUUGAUAUGAUUUGCCUAAGGAGAAGAAGAAUAUGUUUGCACUUGAGCAAGGAUUGCCUGUGUUUAUUUUUUAUCUUUUUGACUUGUUACCAAAUAGCUGUUGUUACCUGUUUGCAGGCUCCAUGGUAAUGGCCUAAGUCAGGCAUUUUCACAGCUCAAGAUAAUCAAAGGUUGUAUUGCUCAGAGGUAAUGCUAAUUGAUAACAUUGUUACAUUCAUGCAAACUGAUCUUUUUCUUUUCUUUCUGUAUUACACGUGAUAACAUUUACCUUGAAAAUCACUAGAUUUUGUACUAAUGGUGAUCUGUUUUCAUUAAGUUGACAUUCCUAAAAGUGUUUAUGAAGAGAAAAUAUUGUUCCAGAUUACUAACUCAAGAGAUUAAAUAUUGCAUACAAAAGCAGUAUUAUGCUUCACAAUCGACUGAGAAGAUUACUGUGUUCUGGUGGAUCUGCACAAGGGACAGGAAGGUUGCAUAUAUGAAAAAAAAAUGAGUUUUUGGGAUGUGUACACAAAUAUUAUAUAGUGUUAUUGUUAGCUUUAACCUUUUUUUUAUCACUGCUUUUAAUAGCUGCCUGUCCCUUUACAGAUUUCUUGGUUUUGAAUUUAUUUUUUUGUCUCAUCUAAAUGUUUCAGAUCAUCCCAAACAAAAUAACCUGAGUUAAUCGGAACAUAAGUCUCAAAAUCUUUAAUUUAUUAAGUGAAAGGAGCUGUACAAACCAACCCAAAACUGUGUGAAAAAGUAACCCCCCCGCCUGAUAAAUCAUGAAUUAACUGUCAUUAAUCACUUUUCUUUGGUUCACUUGUACUAGCCACAUCUUAUUUAAUGUCAGACCUGUAAGAUUUAGAAAGCACUGAAAUAUAACCCGUCUGACAACAUGAAGUACGCUAAAAGAUCUCGGAAAUCAUGACAUCCUGCCACGAUCUGAAGAAAUUCAAGAAGCGAUGGGGAAACACAGUCGUGACAUUUAUCAGUUUGGAAAUUAAAUGAACCGAUUUCUAAGGCUUUUUGACUCCAGGAAAUCACCGUCAAAGCCAUUAUCCACAAAUAGAGGAGAGACGGUGCUCACAAAAAACUCAGAACGACAUCUUAAGCACAUCAGGCCCCACUUCCCUCCAUAAAAGUCAGUCGUCAUUAUUCAACAGGAGGGAAAAAAAAGAAAUUAAGUACUAAAAACACUGACUAAUGUAUUUAGCGGCACAACGGAACAAGAUGGGAUUUUUCAAGGCAGCGAGUCAGUAAUUCAACGAAAAUGGAAUUUAAAGUCAGGAUUUUCAUUAGGAUGGUCAGAUCUUAUAGAGAAAAUCUGCAUUUAUUCCCUAAUAUGGCCUCUGCGUUCAUAAAAUGAAGUGAAAUGCUAUUUCUCAGCAGUUUUUAAAUUGUGUUUACAUUUCAUUUAACCAGUAGCAUACAUAGUGCUGUAAAAUGUCUAUUUUGAUCAUAUCUCUCCUCUGUUUGAACACAUGAAACGGAGAGAAAUCUGCUAUUGGCUUGUGCUACUAGUAUUAGAACCAAAACAAUUACCAAAUCCCACCGGGUUUCUGACUUACAACUAGAAAAAGCUCAACUCAGGUGUGGCAUUAUUCCCAGCGACGAGUUCUGACUCCCGAGACAAAUCUAACGCAGUUAUAUUUAUAAAGCACUCAACACUGCUCUGGCCAGUGGAAAUGUCACAAAGCAAUGAACCUUUCAGAAAACCCAACGGUAUUACAAGUUUUAAUGUUUUUCACCAGAUUUUCUAAAGUAAAGGAGAAAAAAAAACAUAAUUUGUUUUCCUUAUUUUUGUAUCAGCAUCUUUCCAAAACAAAGAGAGUCAACUACCUUUUUCUGUAGCCUAAAACACACCGAUGUUGGCUGUCUUUAUUUGAUUAAUUGUAGUUGAUAAUAAGAUGAAAUUGGCCACAAAUUGGCCCCUUGUUGGUGUUCUAAGCCACAGCACCUCAUCAUACUUAACCGAUAUAUGAAAGCACAGCGUUUUAGCUUAUCUGCAAAAAAAUGUUGACUCAACUUUUAAAUUAUGUCUAAUUGUAUUUGUUUUUAACACAUUUAUUACUGAAAUUAUUAAAGUGGGAGGAAGUUAGAGCAGGUAAAAGAGAAAACAGUAUUAAUUUAUCUAGGCCGCGACGCUAAUCUAUAUAUAAGUUGAUCUUGGUAAAUAUGCGUUCUCCCAACGUGUUUAUCUGUGCCUGAAAGACCUGUUCAAAAGUUGAAAUGUUGAAAAUCCUUGGAAUGUUCACUUUUUUUUAUGACAAAUGCGAACAUCUAAGUAUCCGCAGCCGUGAGUUACCAGCCUCUCCUGGUCAGACAGAAUGUACGAAGAUGCGAUGAAGGACGGGGAAACGAUCACCGUCGCUUUCACUGCUUUCCUUCGUGUCUGUUCAGAGGCUGGUCAGAUAAACUGGAGUUCACAUACCUCAGCUCCUGCCUUGGACAGCUGCUCCGCGUUUUGCCUCGACUAUAUAGACACGAUGUGCCGUUUCUUUUGUCCUUUUUUAUUUUAUUUAAACUGUUCUCAGAAGGUUUUUUGUGUGAAAGCCGCAGCCGAACGUUGAACCUCUUAGGGACCUUUCGAUUCAACUAAGUGCAGAUGAUUUUAUGUACCAAUAACCUCACUUUUUCCACAUUUGUACAGGUUUUUCAUAUCUACAUUGUGGCCAGAGAGAGUCUUUUACGCUCUCCUUCUGUUAAAUUAAAGCGCUGAUUGCUUUUGAACUGGGAAAAUGUUCCUCUUUGUGCAAAUCAUUCAUUAUGUUACUCUCAGUAUACGUGUAGUGCUUUUUUUUUAUUUCUGUGAAGUCUGGGUUAGAUUUUUAAAAGUCUUUAAUGUUUCACUUCAUUUGGAAAAUAAACCUAUUAUAACAUAAUUAAAGUAUGUAUUAUUACUUCAAGAUACUCCGAUAUUAUUAAACAAAUCUCAGAUUCGGUGACUGAAAACUUCUGUGCAUCAUUCUGUAGCCUAACAAAGCCUACCUUGUUUUAAAGGAGGAACCUUUAAGAUUUCACACAUCAAGGUCAGUUUAUCCAUUAUGCAGGAGCUGUUACACAAAUUCAGUGAUACAUUGUAGCUGUGGAGAUAGUUAUUUCAACAAAUCAGUGCUGAAGAAUGUGGCAUUUUUUUUUUUUAAAAAGCCCAAUGUACAAAAUAAAUAAACACCUGCUGUA